AUGGCCUCUUCCACAUUAAGGAAUUGGUCAUAUAAAACAUCUUUAAUAUUCUUUAUUGUGUUUUUCAUUGGAUUUUGUUCAGUUAUACCAAUUGAUACUAUUGUUCAAGCUUCUAAAUCAUCAAAUUAUGCUUUGAAUACAUUCGUUGUUGCCGGUGCAUUGGUUUUAUUUGGUGUGACAGCUAUUAUUCUUACAAUUUCAAGAAUUUAUAUACAAAAAUCUUCAUUACAAGAUAUACCUAAACGUUAUGUUCCAUUAGAUGAUGGUGAUUUACCAAAAGAAUGUGAUGUUAUGAUUAAUGAAAAUUUUGCUAAAUGUGAAAAAAUAAGAUCUAUGGGUCUUGAUACAAAUGAAGAUGUUAAACAUCCUGGAUUAUCAGGUCCAAAAUCUGAAUUAUUACCUCCAUCAUUAAGUUUUGAUGAUGUUGUUCGUGCAGUUGGUGAUAAAUUUAAAUAUGAUGGGUUUUUAAUGGGUACUGAAACAAAAGUCCCUAAAAAUUCAAGUUUUAGAGAAAUUAUUUCAUAUCUUGAGAAUCAAGGAGUUGCAACAGAUUUAAAAUUAAAUAGAGAUUAUGCUGAACUUUAUGAAACUUUAAGAUAUUCUGGAAAUUUAAUUAAUGAACAAGAUUUUAUAAAAUUCAUGCAAUUAUGUAUUGAUUUUGUUAAAUUAGUUAGAUUUAAUAUGGGUGAAACAGAAAUUGAACCUAUUGAUACAAGAAGAUAUAGUGAAUCUGAAAUUUCAAGAUCAACAACAGGUAAUGGAUUAAAUUCUACAACUAUUGAUUUUUAUUCAAAAUUAUCAUUACCCAAAUCAUCACAACAACCUCGUCAUGGUAGUACAAGUGUUAGUUAUUUAGAUCCAUUCACAACUAAUAAUAAUUAUAAUAAUAAGAGACCAAGUUAUUCAUAUGAUAAUAAUCAUGCAUCAUCAUCAAUAUCAGAUCAAAGAUAUCAAGAUCAAUUGAAAAGAGUUGGUACAAGUCAAACAGUCUUAUCAUUUCGAUCUAAUCAUGAUUAA